AUUGUGACAUCUACACACAUACACACACCACCAACACCGAAGAGGAAGAGACUUGUUUGUAGCGUAGAAAAAAUUAAAAAAAUUACUAUCAGUUUCCCAAAUUAAUUAAAUCCCAUAUUAAAUAUGGCCUCCAACGAUGAUGAUCUGGACAUAGCGGAUAGAAUGUUAUUGGCCAAGCCGAAAUUCCUAGCUUCCAUUGGAGGCGACAGUGCAAGUGUAUCAUCGAUGCCCACAACGGUGACUGCAAUUGCUGGCGGAGGAGAUAAAGGCGAUGAUACGCCCAUUUUCAGUAAACGAAAAAUGACACUACGUCUACCCAAGGAUUAUAGUGGGGAUUUACUGCAUUUGACGGUGUGCAAAAAUUGGCUGGUCUGUCUAAUGGCAGCACCGCAGCCGUCAUCACAAGUGACACUAUUUCGUUUUUUCCUACUCAGAACUUUGCCACCAUUGGAAAUAUCAUUGGAAAAGUAUUUGGCUGGCUAUAAAAUUGGUAAACUAUUCCUGGACUAUACCGGUCAUCAUAUACUUAUCAGUUUAAUACCCAAAUCACCCGGUUUAUCGGCUGAUUUCCUUUAUGUACAUGGCAGUGGUAAUAAAGUUCGUCGCAUCGAGAAAUUUAAGGAUCAUGAAAUUACUUCGGUGGCAUUUAAUUAUGAAUUGGGUACAGAGUCUACUACAGGACCAAUUUUACUGGGCACCAGCAAGGGCUUGAUAUUUGAAACAGAAUUAACACUGGAAGCUGAUAAGCCACUUUAUCGAAAGCAGGUCUAUGAUUUGGGUUUGGGUCGACCAAAAUACGCCAUAACCGGUUUAGAGUUUCGUCAUGUGCCCCAUACAGCGGGUCAAUACAUUGUUGUGGCCACAGCAACUGAUUGCAUUUUUACUUUCCAAGGUCAUUUACGAAUGGAGGAGCGAACACUACAGCCUAUCUUCAAUGCCUAUUUGGGCGGCACUCAGUCACAUGGUUAUGAAGUGGCAAAAACCGAUAUGAAGUAUUCCGUAUUACAAUUCUAUGCUCAACCCAAUGAAAAGUAUCCAGCGCAAUGGGGCUGGCUGUGUGGUUCUGGCUUAAGGCAUGGAGAAGUUGUUCAAAGCUCCAUUAAAGAUGAGAAAUUUCUACUUGGCGAAAAUUUGGUUCCGCUUGACAAGGAUUUGGAACAACGCCGACAUUUGUCGUAUGAAGAGAAACGCUUAAAUGUCCCCCGAGCAUUUGUACUCACCGAAUACCAUGUUCUGCUUAUGUAUCACGAUCACAUUACUGGAAUUUGUCUUUUGGAUCAGUCGGUGGUUUAUGAGGAGUAUUUCCAUGAACAAAUGGGAAAACUUUUAAAUAUUUUCCAAGAUCCUUUUACGGGAAAUAUUUAUGUUUACACCGAAAAAAUGGUUUUCAAUUUCAAGGUUAGCGAAGAGCAACGCAACAUUUGGAAAAUUUAUUUGAAUAUGGGUUCAUAUGAAAUGGCUGAAAUUCAUGCUGCCGGAAAUGGAGAGCAUCUCAAUGCGGUUUUACUAACCAAAGCCCAUGCAGCAUUUGAUCAAAAGAAAUAUAUAGAGGCCGCCAAGAUAUAUGCCGAAACGCAAAUGCCUUUCGAAGAAGUUUGUUUGAAAUUUAUUGAUUUAAAAGAAAAGCGUCCCAUAAUAACGUAUGUGAAAAAGCGCAUGGAGACGAUGCCUCCGGAGGCUGAUGAACAACUCUUUGUAUUGGUGGCUUGGCUCAUAGAUCUCUAUUUAACGGAAAUCAAUUAUCCUGGACGCACGCCAGAGGAGAAAAAACAAUGGCAAAUGGAAUACGAUGAGUUUAUGCUGAAUUUCUCUGUUAUCAAAUGUUAUCGAGCAAAUCGUACAGCCAUACAAGAUUUAAUAACACAACAUGCAGAUGAUCACAAUCUGGCUCAGUUCGCCAUUGCCAAUGAAGAUUAUGAUGAGGUACUGCAGCAGCAUAUUGGAGCUGAAAAAUAUCUCGAAGCAUUACAUAUACUACAGAAACAAAAGAAUAUUGAAUUAUAUUACAAAUACUGUCCUACUCUUAUCGAAUAUUUACCCAAGGAGACGAUUGAACUAAUGAUGUUGCAGGGCCGAAAACUGAAUGUUCAAAAACUAAUUCCUACCAUUACCACCAUUGAUUCGCCCUUACAUAUUUCGGAAAUUAUCAAAUAUUUGGAAUAUUGUAUUUACAAUUUGGGUGAAACCUAUCAGGCAAUACAUAAUUUCCUAAUACGUUUAUAUGCUGAACAUCAACCGGCCAAAGUAAUGAAAUAUUUGGAAAACGAGGGUCAAGAUAUCACCUUAGUACAUUAUGAUGUCAACUAUGCCCUGCUGGUGUGCAUGGAUUUCAAUAUUCAAGUGGCAUGUGUAUUUCUAUAUUCCUUGCGUAAACUUUGGCCAGCAGCUGUAGAUUUGGCUCUUACAUUCGAUAUUAAAUUGGCCAAGGAGACAGCUUCGAAGCCGAAAGAUGAGAAAGUCAAAACAAUGUUGUGGCUCAAGAUUGCCUAUCACGAAAUAAAAGACACCAACGAUGUCAAGAAGGCCUUGGAUCUGCUGAAGGAGUGUGAAUUACUGCACAUAGAAGAUUUGCUGCCAUUCUUUUCGGAUUUUGAAAAAAUUGAUGAUUUCAAAGAACCCAUUUGUCAGGCCUUAAAGGAAUAUAACCACAAACUUCAAGAACUCCAGCACGACAUGGAAGAUGUUAGCAAACAAGCUGAACGGGUACAAAGUGAUUUACAAAAUAUCCGAGAGAAUUGCAUACGCAUUGAGGCCCACGAACAAUGCAACGGUUGUGAUACAUUCCUGCUUGUGAAACCAUUUUUCAUAUUUUCUUGUGGUCAUAAAUUCCAUGCUGAUUGUUUGGAGAAAUUAGUCAUACCACAUUUGACCUCCGAUCAAGCGCGUCGGUUAACAAUGUUAAAACAACAAUUGGAAAAUAUGUUAACGCAAUCUGUUGCCAUGGCGGAUAAAUCCAAUGAAUCGAAAUAUAAAAGGGAAAAAGUUAAGCAGGAAAUUGAGGAAAUCCUUGCCGCCGAUUGUGUCUAUUGUGGUCUAAUGAUUGAAACAAUUGAUCAGCCAUUUGUUGAAGACUGGGAUCAAGUUAAUGUCGAUUGGGAAUAAAUUCAGUUUAAGAACUUUGACUUGAAUUGCAGAAAGAAAUUAUUCGAUAUGCUAAAUAAAAUAUGAUACAUUUUUAUAUGUCCUUUUGUGAAUGAAAGGAAAGUAAAUCAUCAAAAGAAAAAGCCUAUUUUAAAUCAAACUUUUGUUUAGCACACACAAAAAUUCCUUGGCCGUAAAAAACUACUAUAUCGUUAUUAAUUUAGUUUAAAUAUUGUUUAGUUUAAGUUUAAUUAUAUUAUUUCUUGUACUCGUAGUUAUUUUUUAAAUAUAUCAGAACGGUGUAUUAUUCUGUGUAACUUUUAGUUUUAAACUAGAUUUCAUUAUUAAGUUUUCAAUUUCUAAAAAAAUAAAUUAUUAAAUUAUUUUGAAAUUGUAAUAAAUAUACAUGCAUAUAUAAUACGAAACAUUA